AUGGCUACUCUUCAAGACGAAAAAGUAGAGGACGUCUGUCACUUGGAACAGACUGAGACUUUCGUCAUUGAUCCAGUCGAGGAGAAGAAGGUGUUGAGAAAGAUCGAUCUUUAUCUCAUGCCCUCCAUCUUUAUUCUUUACCUCUUCUCUUUCAUUGAUCGUUCCAAUAUUGGACUCGCCAAGGUCGCUGGCAUGCAGAAAGACUUGCAUCUUAAUUCAAAUGAAUACUACCUCGCAGUUAUCAUGUGGGUUAUUGGAUAUGCAGGUGCUGCAGUACCUUCAAACAUGAUCCUCUCUCGUGUCCGACCUUCGUACUACAUACCAGUGAUUAUGUUUGCAUGGGGCGCAAUCGCUGCUGGUCUUGCUGGAGUGAAGACAGGCACUCAGCUUCUUGUUCUUCGAUUCUUCCUAGGAGUCUUUGAAGCCGGCUUCAAUCCUUCCGUCCUCUUUAUGAUUAGUAUCUGGUAUCGAAGACACGAGCAAUCUAAACGUUUCAUGAUAUUCCUAAGUGCUGGAAUCUUAUCUGGAGCAUUCGGCGGGGUCUUUGCAGGAGCCAUCACGUCCAGAUUGGACGGCGCACAUGGUAUCCCAGGCUGGCGUUGGUUCUUCCUCGUUGAAGGUGUUGCGACUGUAGGAGCAUCACUCAUUGUGCAUUGGUUUCUGCUGGAUUACCCCUCAACCAGUAAGCAAUUGACGCCUGCGCAACGCGAAAUUGCUUCCCGCAGGCUCUUCCUGGACGGCAUCACGCAUCAAAAGACCGAGGGUGGCGAUCUUUCAGCUAUCGGACAUGCUUUUGUCAAGGUUAUCCUCAAUUGGAGGAUUUGGAUGCUCUGCCCUGCAUACAUGACGAUCAUAGGUGCGCUGGCAAUAUCGAACUUUUACCCUACACUGGUAGAAGGACUAGGUUAUACAUCGACCAAUGCUCAAUAUAUGACUGCACCACUUUAUCUCGUGGCCUUGGUCAUAGCUAUACCUGCGUCUUGGUACGCAGACAGGAAUCCUCACCUGCGCGGCUACCUAUUAAACUUCACCCUCAUCCUUCUCGGUGGUUUAUUCUCCGAACUUACAGCUGGCAUUCUCGACUUCAAGGCUCGAUACAUUUUCUUGUGCUUGAUCAAUUCUGCCAUCUGGACUGGUAAUUGUCUCGGCCUCUCUUUCACCAGCACUGCACUAGGAGGAUGUGACACCGAGGUCAGGGCUAUUGCUCUUCCGUUGAUCAACGGGUGCGGAGGUUUGGCUCAGCUCUACGGAAGCGCUCUUUUUCCGGCUGAAGAGGCACCGCGAUAUCUGAUUGGAUUUUCUGUUUUCGCUGCUUGUUUUGUGGUUGGUGGGAUGAUAUAUCUCGCUGCUGUCUUCCUGUUUAAAAAUUUCCCCUUUGUACGCUCAUCUACGCUGGAGAACGACGAGUAG